GAGGCGUUGGCGCAUCGCACUGUUCGCUGCCGCUGCCGCUGCCGCUGCUGCUGCGGACACAGUUCAACCGGCUGUCCUGCACCGAAACCGGGCACACAGCGGACACCGUUCCUCCCCCCGUCCCACCUGGAGAGAGUCGCUCUGUGGCUACGGUUGAACUUGAAGGGUGACCGCGCACCAGCUUUUCGACAUGAUCGAGAACGGACAUCACCACCACCAAGUGAACACGGCAGCCGGUAAAGACGCAGGCGCGAUCCCCGACGCUGCGACGUGCAGUCCCGAGAAGAGGAGGAGAAUAAUCCGGGUGUGGUGCGAUGGCUGCUAUGACAUGGUCCAUUAUGGCCACUCCAACCAGCUGCGACAGGCCAAGGCCAUGGGAGAUUACCUCAUCGUUGGAGUACACACAGAUAGUGAGAUUGCGAAGCACAAAGGUCCACCAGUCUUCACUCAGGCAGAAAGAUACAAGAUGGUGCGGGCCAUAAAAUGGGUGGAUGAGGUCGUAGAAGGAGCGCCUUACGUCACCACCCUCCAGACCCUUGACAAGUACGACUGUGACUUCUGUGUGCACGGAGAUGACAUAACACUAACAGUGGAUGGCAAAGACACAUAUGAAGAGGUGAAGAAGUCAGGGCGGUACAGGGAGUGUAAGCGAACGCAGGGAGUUUCAACCACAGAUCUAGUUGGCAGGAUGCUGCUGAUGACCAAAGCACAUCACAGCAACAUUGAUAGUUCAGACUAUCAGCAGCACACGGACAACUUUGGAAAGGGGUCACAUGGUCAGAAGGGCCACAGUCCCUGGACGGGGGUGUCUCAGUUUCUGCAGACUUCACAGAAGAUCAUCCAGUUUGCUUCAGGCCAGGAGCCUCAACCCGGAGACACUAUCAUCUAUGUGGCAGGAGCCUUUGACCUCUUCCACAUCGGCCAUGUGGACUUCCUAGAAGCAGUGCAUAAGCUGGCAGAAAAGCCCUACAUUAUAGUGGGCUUGCACUUCGAUCAGGAGGUCAACCGUUACAAAGGGAAAAACUACCCCAUCAUGAAUGUCCACGAGAGAACACUCAGCGUCUUGGCUUGUCGACAUGUGUCAGAAGUGGUGAUUGGUGCACCCUUUGCCGUCACAAAAGAUUUGCUGGAACAUUUUAAGGUGGAUCUUGUAUGCCAUGGAAAGACAGAAAUAUAUCCAGACAAGGAUGGCUCUGACCCCCAUGCUGAGCCGAGGAGGAAAGGACUCCUCCGUAUUGUUGACAGUGGGAACAGCCUUACUGCAGAUGCAAUUGUGCAGAGGAUAAUAAAAAACAGGUUGCUAUUUGAAGCAAGGAACCAGAAGAAAGAGGCUAAAGAGAUUGCUGUGAUCCAGGCCAUGAAGCGCCAAGAGGAGGAGAAGACUAAAGAAAGAUCCCAGGUUGUGCUGUAGGAAGGGCCCAAACAAGCACUGAGCGUCAACAUAACACCGACACGCCAGUUCAUCUAAACUCAUGUACAGUCAAAUCAACCCUUUUAUAUGUAUGACACCCUCCACACACGAUCCUGGCUAAUAACAGCAGUCCUCACAGCAGCCCGUUUGAAGCCAGGGCGGCAUAGUUUGCUGUGGGAUCAUGAGGUAUACCGCGUGUGUUCUUGUGUGCGAUUGUGUGUGUGUGGGGAUCUUCUGUGUAUUAAUAUAUUCGGCAUUAUGCAAAUACAUGUUCACGUCAGUCAACAAUCACACAUACGGACGGAGUCGGAGCAAGAAAGAUAUCAUUAUGUCUUCAAAUGUCGAUUUGAUGUCUUUGGAUAUUUUUUAUUCCUCAAGUACUCUUAUUCAUUUUUUGCCCUCAAAAAUAUUGAAUUUUAAGGACAUUAUUAUGGGAUUUGGACAUAUGAAGGGCAAGUGUGGGUACAUGAGAUGUUGGUCAGACAUUAAGCUGUAACCAUGAAGUGACUUGAUUAGUCGCUUCCAUGGCGUUAUUGAUGCUCUCUCAAUUGGGUGUAGCCCCACAACUGAUCUAUGUAUAAACUGUAUGUACUGUAUCUAUGUAUUAUAAAGAAAUCCCAGGAUUUCUGGAAGGCGCUAAAACUACAAGAGAAUUAGAGAACACAAUCCCCCCCUUCCCUUCCCCCCUCGCCGCUUCCCUGCAUCAAACUUGGGUGCUUUGGAUGUGAGAAGCUGUUGAAAACCUUUUCUGGAUCUUAUGUACCUAUAUGCUACAUAAAUCAUCAAAACUGUCCUGUUUUACAGGUAGAACAGGUUUUAACAAUACAAAUACCCACAUCUGUACGCCUGGCCUUUUAAGUGCAAUUGUAUUUUUUUUUAACCAACACUCCUUGAUUUUAUCCUAAUAUUGAGAACACUACAGAGUUUUAACAGACUGCUUUUAAGCUUUAGGUUUCUUAGGAUAAUUAUGACAGAUGUGUGGUUGACCUCUAACUGUCAUUGAACCCUGAACAAUUUAACCUCUGUCUCAAAAUCAAAUGGGAUUAAAUAAUAUAUUUUUUGUAGAUGAAUAUUUGACUCACCUUCUCUCCAUUAACGUGUGUAUAGAUGGUUUCAUAUUGUAUAAAGAUGCAUAAUAAUAUUUCUGUAUGUCAAGUUGGAAUCUAUUCAUUGUAAGCUAAAUUGUAAAUGUUAUUGACAACUCCCAGUUGAUAAAUACUGUAUAAAUUGAUAUGACCAGAGUAAUUGCUGAUAAUAAUAACAUUUUAAUCGGAAAAAAUAUUCGGCAUCUGCUUUCCCUAACACUUUAACCCUUGUGUUGCCUUCGGGUCAUUUUGACUCGAUUCAAUAUUUAACCCUCCUGUCGCCUUCGGGUCAAUUUGACCCGAUUCAAUGUUUAAUGUCGGUGUUCUUUCGGGAGUCAACAAACAAACAUAAAGUACCUCACACUUAAACUUGGAAAACAAUAUUAAUUCUAAUAAUUUUCUGGAGAUUUUAAUAGCUGGGGUCAUAUUGACCUCAAGGGUAAAAUAUGUUAGUAAAUAUAAAGGUAACAGGAGGGUUAAACAUUGAAUCGGGUCAUAUUGACCCGAAGGCGACAGGAGGGUGAAACAUUGAAUCGGGUCAAAUUGACCCGAAGGCAACACAAGGGUUAAAUAUCUGGGCGUAGAAGGAUCUACUUUAUAUCUUAACUAAUUGAACUAAAUGAGCGAGCCAUGCAUUACUCACAUGAUCAAAGGUUUAGGUCAUGUUUUGGAGAAAUGUUUUUUUGCAAUAUAUGAAUGAAAUACAAAGAGAGUAGAUUACAUGUCGGGCAUUACGAGUAGAUUAUUUUGCAGCAGAUUAGUAUCCAGCAAAGAUCUGUAAGCUUUUUCAAAAAGGCAUGCUCAGGGUCCUCAAUAUGGUUGAUGAAACAAUAAAUGGGUUAGACAUUAACAAUGUCACACAUUUGUGGUCACAUGAUGUGCCUAACGACAUUUACA